UAUGCAACUAAAAUAUCUGCCUCACCUUUACCCCCACACACAACGGGGUGCAUCAGAGCUGAGGAAAUAUUAUUGCCAGUAAAGGGGGCGGGGGGUUGUUGACUUAAUUCCACGGCCCUUUGAGGAUAGCUCAUUCAUACAAGCAGCUAGAGUAGGGAAGGAUAUUCUGUUGAUUACUGCUGUAGCAGAUUGAAGGCAGGCAGUAACCACUGAAGAUUGACGAGACUUUGACAACAAACAGUUGGUCAGUUGUCUACCCUGUCAAGGUCUUCAAGCACACGGCAACAUGUCUACAGUAACUUGACACAGUCAGUGAGGGCAUUUCGUUACUGUGAGUACAGGCAACAUUGAAGGGAAACUACUCAGUUCAACUGUGGCAAGGUAGAACGAUAUCUGUGAAUUGUGACGUUAGACCCAGUAACGUACAUCAACGUGGGAUACUUUAUCACUGAUAAAGUACUCAGUGGCGUGGUAGCCAGUGACGUAUCAGAGUGACGUAGUACCCAGUAACGUAGUACCCAGUGACGUAGUACCCAGUGACGUAGUACCCAGUGACGUAGUACCCAGUGACGUAGUACCCAGUGACUUCGUCCCGAGUGAAGCAGCACACACACAAACAAUGCAGCGCAAAGGCUGGGUCUCCCUCACCCUCUUCCUGAUUGUCGUGGCUACCGUUAUCCACAUCGCUGGACUGGUCAGCCCGCUGUGGAUCUGGCUGGUAAAGACGGAGUACACCGUCGCCGUCGGUCUCUACUACAGGGUGGGCUGCGGGGCGAGCACCGACGGCCCGUGCACGAGCCCCACCUUCAAGACGGACCUACCCUUCAACUACAUCGCAGAGUAUACAUACAAGACCAAAGAAUGGGAAGCCAUAGUAUGGCUGGAGUCCAUAGCUGCAGGCAUAGCUGUGUUGCUGUGUGUCAUGGCCCUUGUCUAUCGGGCUGGGUUUGGGGUCUGGAAGAAGAUGAGCAGCCUAAAUCUGGCUAUGACCAUCACGGCUAUCCUCACGUGGCUGCCCCUGGGUGCGGGUCUGAUCCUCUACAUCAUCCGCUACGGUCUGGUGAUCACACGCAGCCCCGACCUCAACAGUCGCAGCUUCCCCUGGUCGCCGCUCCUGUGCCUCAUCGCCGGGGUCAUCUUCUUCAUCGUCCCCUUCUUCAUCCGCCUCAAAUGCAGCCACCGGAACUACAUCCAACACGCCAUCCCGACAUCGGCCGACUCCAAGAUGGUUUUGAACCCGUCUACCAAAAACCAGAUCAUGAGACGGUACUUCAGCCCUUCGCCGUACCGAGAGGACCGCCGUCAAGCGCUGCAGUCGCCAGAGUCUGUUUACUCUAACGACCAGAGGUAUCUCCUUGGCAACGGUCACGCUAGAGCGAUUACCAAUGGAGGGUUUACCAACCCUUCUAUGAAGGCUAUUGAGUACGAGGUUGUCGACAACCAGGUUGGCGUGUCGGGGGAUGUGCAGUAUAAGUACACACCGGUUAUAGAGACGGCAAAUUUGGUGACAGGGGUCACGCUAGGGUCAGAGGUCACAAAGGGGGAGGUUGUGAAUAGAAACAUUGUCUACAACAGCGAGGUCAAACCUUUGAACAAUAUCGAAACCACGCAGGUGAUUGAGCGGACAUACGUCACAAAAACCGGAAGUGGGGGGUACGGUGGGAACUACUCGACGGAUCAGGCGGAGUACCUGAGGAGGCAGGAGGAGAUGCACAGGCAGUGGGAGGAGCUGCAGGCUCAGGCGGCGGAGAGGAGGUUCAGAGAGGAGAGGCUGGUGGGGACACAGGUCGUCCUCAGUGACCGCCGACACGACGGCUUCUCCGACAUCAACGACGACGCGUCCGUCGGCAAGACCAUCUUCUACACCGGGAAAGAAGGAGUCACCCGCGUCCUCGGCUCCGGGCUGCGGAGUCAGUCAAACUACACAGCGGAGGUGACGCGAAAUGAGGGUCACUUCAAACAGAACGGGGUCGUCCAAGAGAUACGGACGGUCAUUCACCCGCCAACACCCCCGCCCCAGGUGUAUCGAGAGGUGAAGGUCAUCGAGCAAGAGAAAGGUCAUUUACAUAAAGAUUUCCGGGUUUUAGCCGACAGCAGUGUUGAUAAAUCGGGCGUGUACACGUCACACAUAAGGCCGGCUACUCCAUCUGGGGAUAAGCUAGUUCUGUCCCCUGGUUAUUUAUCCGGGGAUCGGAUCAAGUAUAACGGUACUUACAUGUACCGGCCGUACACGGAGGAGAUAUACUGAAACACACGCCCUGAUAAAAACUCAUAGUCUUAAAAUAUGAUGACGACUUUGUGAGAAAAAAACAACUUGCUGCCACAAAUAUCCUAAAUGAACUAGUGAGACAAAUAUCCUGAACAAAUAAAUGGCACCAUAAUCCUGAACAACUACUGCCACAAAUAUCCCGAAAGACAACGGAGACAAAAUUCUGAGAAAAAUUCCUGUCACGAACAUUACAUAUUCUGACAUUUGUCAAGCCAGGGUAGGUAACUCAUGAAAAGACGAGUACACAAAGAUAACCAGCAGUUAUCGCAGCUUUUCAAUUCACCAAAAGAAAACCGAAGUCGUCAAAUUCGUUUGAGCUAUUAACAGAAGUUAUGUUUAAUCUCUAGCUUUCGCCUUAAGUUCCGUCACACAUCUUUCGUCAUCGUGGGAAAACAUGCAUAUAUAUAGUCAUAUGAUACAUUUAUUUAUUACGAUUUAUAAUAUUUAUAAAUAUAGUUUAUAUGAAUUUUUAUCAAUUUAUUCAAAAUGUAAAUAUUUAACUCGACCAGUUGUUCAUAAUUUUGUUAAAUUUAUAAUGCAAAUUUCAAGCUUAUACUUUUGUAUAUUUAUCUUGUGAAGAUUUAAAUAAAAAUAAAAAUAUUUUUGUGUCCAGAGUGUA